GCGGGGGGGAGUGGGUGGGAGAGCAAUUCCUUGGCUGUUUGGUUUUUGUGUUUGUUCUUGUGUUGCGCCGGGAAUUGGUAUAGUAUUAUUGGGUUAUAUUGUGCGAUGGUGGGAGAUGGUGAAUUUUUGAGAUGUGGGGUAUUUGUUCAACACAGACAAGGGGGUGGGAAGGGGAUAUAUAGAGGACGACCAACCGGCUAGCGGAGGAUAGAUAAUGGAUGGAUUAGACAAUCGUGUUAAGUACAAAACUCCUUGUCAGGUUGCAAGCUAUCUCUGUGGACGGGGUCGAGCCCUUGCUUGCUUGGGGGGUGAUUUGCUCUGUUUUUCUGCCUGCAAUAUCCUUUCUGAAAAUUGGUGCAACCCGUUUAUCUUACUGAUAUCUAUAAUUGCCCGUAAUUUAUUAGCAUGGAAGCGAUGGAUUUUUGCAAAGGGAAUGGAGGGACACUGUUGGACACUGCACUGGCUAAGGCUGCGGGGACCUUGCAUUGGAUCGCGAGAUGGGGUUACUGAGAUAACUCGCUCUCUCCACAGCCAAGAAAGAGCUGGCAGCAGGAUAUGCCUUUUUACCUGUAAGUUAUAUAUAUAUAUGAGGCAUUGACAGGAAAACUCUGGCUUACUGAUGCUCUCAACUCCGCGGUCUGUCUGUCUGUCGCUUCUCAUUUGAAUCAAUAAAUAUCCCAUCAAACAGACCAAUCAUGCAUACUACGCGAUGUCCGCGACGCCCAGCACCGAAUGUGGAGAGAGAACACCCGCUCCAAAAACCUGGGGAUAUUCGAGAACCAGGAAUUCACCAUCGGAGAAACUGCACAUACUUCAGGCUUUUGAAGAUAAAAAGGAUAGAAAAUAAUAAUAGAAAAAUAAACAUGAGCUAUGGUUGUCGACGCGAUCAGGACCAUCCUCAGGACUAUCUUAUUAUCAGUUGUUGCAUGUCUCUUCCUGCCCGUCUACCCUUGCUUCAUCGUCAGCUUCGCUGCUGAGAAAGCCGCUGAUGAGCGGAGGGCAGAGGGCCUCAUGGAGCCCAUCGUGGGCCUGGCUUCAACAAACCCAGAAGAGAGAAGAAAGCUUUCCAUAACCCCCUCCAUGCUUGAGGAGGGUCACUCCUCCAACGGCCGUGCGAACGGCGUCAAUAACGUUCUCACGAACAACAGCACCUCGUUCGAUGCGGCGCGCAGCAAGGACAGGCCGAACAGGGUCGGGAGACUAUUAUCCAAACUGCCAUUUGCCAAACCUCCCCGAGUUCCUUUAUUAUCACAUUUCUUUUCAUUCGCACGUUCGCCAUCCCCAUCGACUGGUGCCCCGCACUUCAAAACCCAACAAUCGCCCUUCUUUAGGCGGCUGCCUCUCGAAAUCCGCCUGGCAAUAUACCAUCACGCCCUCUCCUGCCAUCGCGUCCACCUCGUCAGAAUCCCUGGGAAAGUGGCCAGUUUUGCCUGUGCGGAGGGUACCGAGAAGGGAUAUACAUGUUUCAAGGGCCGGGGGGAGGAAUAUGCCUGUUUGUCUACCAACCUUCAUCAUCCAAUGGUGGGUUAUGGGCCUAUUUCCUUUGGCAAUCUGCCGCAGGAGCUGGAAGCGGCCCCCGUGACGUUCGCGGACGGCGCAAAGAGAGGCAUCGUUGGCGCUUUGGAUUUGUUAUCUGUUUGUCGGCAAGUCUACACCGAAGCAAUCACAGUGCUGUACAAACACCUGAUAUUCCAAAUGGACCUAAUCACUCUCCUGGCCUUCUCAAUCUCCAUCCCCGAACCCCACCUCAAAGCAAUCACAAAACUCGAAAUCAGCGGGCCGCGGCUCAACUACGUAGACUCCUGCUACUACCUCCAAUAUCUACCCUCAUUCCGCCAAAUUCGCCGACCCUCAUCAUCAUCAUCAUCAUCAUCAUCAUCAUCAUCAUCAUCAUCAUCAUCAUCAUCAUCAUCAUCAUCAUCAUCAUCAUCAUCAUCGUCGCCAUCACCACGACAGUCCCGCUCAUCCUCCGCCACCUCCUCAACCACCCAACAAGCAAACAACCCCAACCCCAACCGCAUCGCCAAACCCCCCACCAUCCCAUCCCCAACCCUCUACAAAAUCAACCGAAAACUCACCUCCUUCACCCGCUACCGCGCCCAGGACAUUCCCAUCUACACCCCGCGCCCCCCCACCGCCUGGGAAGAGACAUGCACCUGCCUCCUCCCGCGCCUCUCGGGUCUCUGCGAGCUGCGCAUCUCGCUCAAGCGGCCCUGGGCCUUCAGCGAGCGGUGCAUCUCCGCGGCGGGAGCGGUUUUUCUGCUGCGCCCGCUGGUGGAGGCUGUCGCCGCCGCUGACGGCCCACGACGGUGGGGGUGCCAAGUUAGCGCUCUACGCGUGUUUGAGGUGUGGGUUGAUUGGGAGGAGGGGGUGGAGGGGCAUGGGUGGGCGGAGAAGGGGGUGUGGCCGGUGCGGAGGGGUAGGACGGCGCUGCCGGGGGAGGGGUUGGAGGGGCUUGAGACGGAGGAGGUGGAUAUGUGGAGGCCUAGUGCGUUUUUGUUGGAGAGGGGGAGUCGAGCGGCUUUGCUUCAGCAGGAGGGGUGGGAGGUGUGGGGGGAUGAGCGGUGGGAGUCGUAUUUGGUGAAGGGGGAAAAUAAGGAUAAGGAUAAUGAUAAGAGGGGUCGGGAGGGUGAGGAGGUAGAGGGGGACGAGAGUGAAGAUGGAGAUGGAUAUGAGGAGGAGAAAGGGGGGAAGCUAUGGCAGGACGCGCCGUUUAAGGUGAUUCGGUCCUUUGAAUCGAGCGAUUCGAGGAGGGAUUCUUGGUGAUGCGUUCGUUGUAUCGGAGGUUUAGUUAACCUUUUUUGGCACCGCGAUCCGCUAAUCGCAGCCAGUCAAUCGGUCGGUAUUCCAAGGUUGUCGGUACCCUUUGUCGUUAAGAGGAUGUGAUCCCUUGGCUUCUGUUUACUUCAUUUUUCUUUUUCCCUACAAUCCAAUGAGCAUAUUUGAUAUAUGUCUUUACCAAUCCUACCAGUUUCUUAUAUGUGAAUAUACCCAAGCCACUGUCUGCAACCACAGAUAAGAGGUCACGAGGACAGGCUGGCUUUGGAUAUAGUAUCUUCCCGCAUGAUUCCCCCGUUUGUUUGAGCGACUUUAUAUAGCGUUUUUUCUUAUUCAUUACAUAUCUUGUAUGAAACUUGAAACAUGCUCAUACCGUCAAAUCUUUUCCAUCACAUUUCAGAUGUUAUGGUAGAUGGGAUGAUAUGCUACAGACCUCUCACCAUCCAUUCGCAAUAUACGUAAGUAGUAAGUGGUAAGUACUUCCCAGCUGCUAUAUUUAUUGCCAGCGGCAUGUCUCGUUCUCUUCCAUGAACCGGGGAUGUAAUUUU